CCUUCCACUACUCUCUCUCCAUACCAUCCGAUCCGGUACCUCGAUACUCCAGCUGCUUCUUUUGACCAUCGCUGUCUCUUGUCCCAUCGUUCAUCGUCCGUCCAUCCCUCAAAAUGCGCGAAAUCGUUCAUCUCCAAACCGGCCAAUGUGGUAACCAAAUCGGUGCUGCCUUCUGGCAAAACAUCUCCGGCGAGCAUGGCCUUGACGGCUCGGGCGUCUUCAAUGGCACCUCGGAUCUCCAGUUGGAGCGCAUGAAUGUGUACUUCAAUGAGGCUUCCGGCAACAAGUACGUCCCUCGUGCCGUCCUCGUCGAUCUCGAGCCCGGUACCAUGGACGCCGUCCGCGCUGGACCGUUCGGCCACCUCUUCCGUCCCGAUAACUUCGUCUUUGGCCAGUCCGGAGCCGGCAACAAUUGGGCCAAGGGUCAUUACACCGAGGGUGCCGAGCUUGUCGAUCAGGUCCUCGAUGUUGUGCGUCGUGAGGCCGAGGGCUGCGACUGCCUUCAGGGCUUCCAGAUCACCCACUCCCUUGGUGGUGGUACCGGUGCCGGUAUGGGGACCUUGUUGAUCUCCAAGAUCCGUGAGGAGUUCCCGGAUCGCAUGAUGGCUACUUUCUCCGUCAUGCCGUCUCCCAAGGUCUCCGAUACCGUCGUUGAGCCUUACAACGCUACCCUUUCCGUUCACCAGUUGGUGGAGAACUCCGAUGAGACCUUCUGCAUUGACAACGAGGCUCUGUACGAUAUCUGCAUGAGGACUCUCAAGCUGAACAACCCCUCUUACGGCGAUCUGAACCAUCUCGUUUCCGCCGUCAUGUCCGGUGUCACCACCUGCCUUCGAUUCCCCGGCCAGUUGAACUCCGAUCUCCGAAAGCUCGCUGUGAACAUGGUUCCCUUCCCUCGUCUCCAUUUCUUCAUGGUUGGCUUCGCUCCUCUCACCAGCCGUGGCUCGCACUCCUUCCGUGCCGUGACCGUCCCGGAGCUCACCCAGCAGAUGUUCGACCCCAAGAACAUGAUGGCUGCUUCGGACUUCCGCAACGGCCGCUACCUCACCUGCUCUGCCAUCUUCCGUGGUAAGGUCUCCAUGAAGGAGGUCGAGGACCAGAUGCGCAACGUCCAGAUCCGGAACUCCUCCUACUUCGUCGAGUGGAUCCCGAACAACGUCCAGACCGCGCUCUGCUCCAUCCCGCCGCGUGGCCUCAAGAUGUCGUCCACCUUUGUUGGUAACUCCACCUCCAUCCAGGAACUCUUCAAGCGUGUCGGCGAUCAGUUCAGCGCUAUGUUCCGUCGCAAGGCUUUCUUGCAUUGGUACACUGGUGAGGGCAUGGACGAGAUGGAAUUCACCGAGGCUGAGUCCAACAUGAACGACCUGGUUUCCGAAUACCAGCAAUACCAGGAGGCCAGCAUCAGCGAGGGCGAGGAGGAGUAUGAUGAGGAGGCCCCCCUUGAGCCGGAGGAGUAAUUGACCUUCAUACCGGAAUUACUCAUCAUUGAUGCCAUCGGUGGAUGGGUGUGAUUGGAACUAUGCUCAGACAACGAUGUGUAUGAGAAGAUGGUCAAGGGUUCGAAACUACUAAUGUUGCAAUUCACUUUGAUGUUUCUUGCGUGGUAUGACCGAUAGCGAG